GAACAACAAACGAAUAUCACUGCUCUUUUCACCCUAACCGGUGUCUUGGUUAGCAGAAUUUCAUCAGACUGCUUGAGUGCUGGAUUUAAGAUUCUAACCUCGUACCAGUUCCAAGUAUUUAUAUAUAUAUAUAUAUUUAGACCUAACGUGCGUGUAACAUUUAUCUGAAUUUUGAACGAUACUGGGAACAAUGCGUUUCGUCACAGCGGUCAAUUCCAAGAUGUUGCCCGUUUUCCGGCACCGCGUCACAAUCGUCCGAUCUUUUUGCAAAAACCAACGUUUUCAUCAUCAAGAAUUGUCAAUGCACAUACGACCCUCACAAAUCCGGAGAACCGAUCUUACUGAGUAUCUUGGAUGGUUUACCAGGAGCACGCGUGGCUAUCGUCACACUGCAGCUAUUAUCUCAAUAAGAUCCUUCGCAACUAAGAAAUAUAAUGAUAGAGAAACGCCAAAUGAAAAUGAUGGAGAUCAAAUCGACGAUCCAGCUUCAUUGCCUGCCACUGUUGUUGUACCAGAAGUAUGGCCUCAUUUACCCGUCAUAGCAAUUAAUAGGAAUCCUGUGUUUCCCAGAUUUAUAAAACUUAUCGAGCUCACUAAUCCAAUUCUCAUGGAUUUAGUUCGCAGAAAAGUAAAAUUGAAUCAGCCUUAUGUUGGAAUAUUCUUGAAGAAGACAGAAGAAAAUGAAGCAGAAGUUGUACAAAAUUUAGAUGAUAUUUAUCCUGUUGGAACAUUUGCACAGAUACAUGAAGUACAAGAUUUAGGGAAUCGAUUAAGAUUGGUUGUAAUGGCACAUAGGAGGAUUAAAGUUGUUGGUCAAAUUUUAGAAGAUAUAGUACCAAAUUCCGUGCAUGACGACACUGUACCCAGUAGCAAACCGAGUCGUAGAUCGUUAAUGCGCAAGAAGAUUGAGAACAAAAUAUCAGAGGCAGAAAGAGUCAAAAAGAUCGAACAAACAACUAGUAAUCCUGAAAGUAAAACACCGGAAAAGUCAUCACCGGAGCAUACAGAUGACAAAGUUAAUGCUGCGGAAUCUGCUGGUACUGAGGCUCAAGCUAGUACUCAACCAUUGUUAAUGGUAGAAGUAGUAAAUAUUACGCAUGAGAAAUUUAGACAGACUGAAGAAAUUAAGGCUUUAACACAAGAAUUAAUUAAAACAAUUCGUGAUAUAAUAAGUAUGAAUCCACUGUACCGUGAAUCUUUACAACAAAUGUUACAUCAAGGUCAGAGGGUUGUAGACAAUCCAGUUUAUUUGAGUGACCUAGGUGCAGCUUUGACUGGAGCGGAUGCACAAGAACUGCAACAAGUAUUAGAAGAAAUGGAUAUUUUAAAAAGAUUAAGAUUAUCGCUUGCAUUAUUAAAAAAAGAGUAUGAACUGAGUAAACUACAACAAAAAAUUGGUAAGGAAGUAGAGGAGAAAGUCAAACAGCAGCACCGAAAAUACAUUCUUCAUGAACAAUUAAAAGUUAUUAAAAAGGAACUGGGAUUGGAAAAGGAUGAUAAAGACGCGAUAGCUGAAAAAUAUAGAGAACGAAUAAGAGAGAAAACAGUUCCAAAGCCAGUAAUGGAUGUACUUGAAGAAGAAUUAAAUAAGUUGACUUUCUUAGAGAGUCAUAGUAGUGAAUUCAAUGUUACAAGGAAUUAUUUAGAUUGGCUUACGUCUCUGCCGUGGGGUAUUACUAGUACGGAAAAUUUAAAUCUUCAGCAGGCGAUUGAGAUAUUAGAUAAAGAUCACUAUGGAAUGGAAGAUAUAAAGAAACGAAUUUUGGAAUUCAUUGCCGUCAGCCAAUUAAAGGGGUCAACACAAGGAAAAAUAUUAUGUUUCCAUGGACCACCUGGUGUUGGAAAGACAUCAAUAGCCAAGUCGAUUUCUCGUGCACUUAAUAGAGAAUAUUUUAGAUUUAGUGUUGGUGGAAUGACAGAUGUCGCGGAAAUCAAAGGGCAUAGACGAACAUACGUGGGAGCUAUGCCUGGGAAAAUUAUUCAAUGCUUGAAAAAAACUAAGACUGAAAAUCCACUAGUUCUUAUAGACGAAGUCGAUAAAAUAGGAAAGGGUCAUCAAGGUGAUCCUGCAUCUGCCCUCCUCGAAAUGCUGGACCCAGAACAGAAUGCGAACUUCCUAGAUCAUUAUCUGGACGUAUCCGUUGAUCUUUCGAAAGUUCUCUUUAUUUGCACGGCGAAUGUGAUCGAUACAAUUCCAGAACCUCUUAGAGAUCGUAUGGAAAUGAUAGACAUGUCGGGCUACGUUGCAGAAGAAAAGCUUGCAAUCGCCAAACAAUACUUAGUCCCGCAAGCCAUGAACGAUUCCGGUCUUUCUGACACACAAAUUCAUAUUAGCGAUGAUGCGCUUACCUUAUUAAUUAAAUCUUAUUGUCGGGAAUCAGGCGUUAGAAGUUUGCAGAAACACAUAGAGAAAGUUCAUCGAAAGGUGGCGUUUAAAGUCGUAAAGAAAGAAGCUGAAAAGGUUGACGUGACUGCAGAGAAUUUACACGAUUUUGUGGGCAAACCUGUAUUCACCCACGACAGAAUGUACGAGGUAACACCUCCUGGGGUCGUAAUGGGUCUCGCAUGGACAGCAAUGGGUGGUUCCACAUUGUUUAUCGAAACAACAAUUAGAAAACCUUCUAUAAAGAAAUCGGAAGGUACUUUUGAUAUCACUGGCCACUUGGGCGACGUAAUGAAAGAAUCCAUUCAAAUAGCGAUGACAGUCGCGAGGAGAUUUUUGAGCCAGGAAGAUCCUAAUAAUACUUUUCUUUACGAUGCUCACCUACACUUGCACGUGCCUGAAGGCGCCACACCAAAAGAUGGUCCCAGUGCAGGUGUUACUAUUGCGAUAGCGUUAAUUUCGCUUGCUAAGAAUAAAUCGAUCAGACAAAAUGUUGCGAUGACUGGUGAACUUAGUCUCAUGGGCAGGGUUCUUCCAGUUGGUGGUAUCAAAGAGAAAACAAUCGCUGCGAAACGAGUCGGUGUAAACUGCGUAAUUCUACCCGAGGAAAAUAAGAAGGAUUACAACGACUUACCUAAAUAUAUUACGGAUGGUCUCGAAGUUCAUUUUGCUACAACUUUUGCGGACGUGUAUCGCAUAUGUUUUGCAGAAGAGCAAGGGACUGAGACUGUUCGUCGCGAAGAACAUGUAAAUGUUAAUGUUUCAACUCCACAAACUGCCCCGCUUCUUGGUAAAAAUGCCGACUAUUAGAAGCGAAGUACUCUUACACUAUUUAAGUUCGAUACCAUUAGACUUCAAAGUCUAUUCUGACUCGUAUUAUUUGAAAUAAUGUGAUGAUGAAAGGUUAUUCAGAACUUUAUCGAUCAAUUUUAUUUCAUCUACUACUAAAGCCAAAUUUUCAUUCAGAUUUCCUUAACCAAGCAUUUCUCUAC